AUGGACAGAAGGUGGAUACAGAACCCGAACAGAUGCGCAGACGAAUACUUGGAUGGAAUCAAGGAUUUUAUUGAGUUUGCACGUAGACACAACCCGGGUGCAACUAGAAUCCGUUGUCCUUGUAGGAGGUGCAACAACACGUUAUGGGAGACAAUUGAAAAUGUUGGAUUUCAUUUAGUAAGGAAUGGAAUGAUUGAGACAUAUAGCAUUUGGAACCUUCACGGGGAACAAUUAGAGCAUGCUUUGUCUUCAAAUGCCACAAGAGUGGACAAUGUUCAACCUAUUGUGGAUGCUAAUGAUCAAGUCAUGGAUAUUAUACAGGAUGUUUUUCCAUUUGCAUCGACCAACAUAAUCAAGAAGAGCAAGAUGAUGUGCCUACACCAAUAG